CAAGGGCUCCGCCCGAAGCCGGCGAAGGCGCCGGGGCCCGAACGGGUCUCGCCGGCUGCUGGGGGGCAGGGGGCGUGGCUUCCCCGCUGGGCGGGCGGCUAGCUGCAGUCCCGCCCCCAUCGCCCGCCGCCUCCUCACGCCAAAACCAAACCCGCGACCCGCCGGCGGGAAAGCGAGCGGUGCGCGGGAGUCUAGCCUGCGGGUCCAGGCAGGUUCUGCCGCGGCUCGAGCCCCAGCGCGCACCUGUGGCCCCUUCCAGCCCUCGCUGCUUGACGCGCUUGGGGCGCCCCACGCGAGGAAUGGCCACCCCACCCAAGAAGAGCUGCUUGUCUCCCACGACCGGCCCUCAGAGGACCCGCAUCAAGAAAGUCUCCAUCGAAGGGAACAUCGCUGCAGGGAAGUCAACUUUUGUGAAUAUUCUUAAACAAGUCUGUGAGGAUUGGGAAGUGGUUCCUGAGCCUGUUACCAGAUGGUGCAAUGUUCAAAGUACUCAAGAUGAAUUUGAGGAAUUGACAACAGUUGAGAAAACUGGCGGGAAUGUUCUGCAGAUGAUGUAUGAGAAACCCGAACGAUGGUCUUUUACCUUCCAGUUAUAUGCCUGCCUCAGUCGAAUACGAGCUCAGUUUGCCUCUCUCAAUGGCAAGCUCAAAAAUGCGGAGAAACCUGUAUUAUUUUUUGAGCGAUCUGUGUAUAGUGACAGGUAUAUUUUUGCAUCUAAUUUGUAUGAAUCUGACUGCAUGAAUGAAACAGAGUGGACAAUUUAUCAAGACUGGCAUGACUGGAUGAAUAAACAGAUGGGCCAAAGCCUUGAACUGGAUGGAAUCAUUUAUCUUCGAGCUACUCCAGAGAAAUGCUUGAAUAGAAUAUAUUUACGGGGAAGAAAUGAAGAACAAGAUAUUCCUCUUGAAUAUUUAGAGAAGCUUCACUCUAAGCAUGAAAGCUGGCUCCUGCAUAGAACACUGAAGACCAAUUUUGAUUAUCUACAAGAAGUGCCUAUUUUAACACUGGAUGUUAAUGAAGACUUUAAAGACAAAUAUGACAGUCUGGUUGAAAAGGUCAAAGAAUUUCUGAACACUUUGUCAUCUUGCUGAGGACCACAGGCAGCCAAAUGAUCCCAAACACUUCAACUUUGUAUAUCUUCGUACUUCCAUAUUCAUACAAGUCUCUUUAGAAAACCGAAGUUUUUAGCUAUUUUUGUUCCAAGAAAAAAUUUUUUUUUUGGUGAAUCCUAUACGAAAGUUUAUAACUAGUUUCUUUUUUUUUUGGUUUAAAAAAACAAAGAUAUUUAAUUAUCUCUCACACAAGAAGUGUGGAGGUAGAUGAUUCCAGAGUCAGUAAAGUGGCUAAACUGUAUGAUAAAGGACCCCGCCUCUUUCUGUCUUUCCUCUCUAUUAUCCUCCUCAGCAGGUUGGCUUUUUUUUUUCUGGUGCUUCUCAACUCGUUGGUGACCAGUUUCUUAACUGGAAACUUUGAUGUUACAUAGUAAAUGGUAAUGUGUCCUGUGUAAAUUAGUGCACCUAUUAAAAGUUGAAAAGUAGAAUUUAAGGAAUCCCUAGGAAAAGGACUAUGAAGUUUUAUUUAAAUACUUUUGAUCAAGUGCCUCCCCUUCCACUUUAAUUUAUGUGGAAGAUAAGACCAGGUUUAGCAUUUAAUCAUUUCAUUAGUAUUUAUUAAUGUGUCUGUAACACUUUUCAGAGGAGCAGGUUAAACCUUGUUCCCAGUUUGUAAUGGCAUAGCCUUUCUUAUAGGUCAUUUAAUCUUUUUCCUGCCUUUGUUUCUCUAUCUGUGGUAUGAGUGAGACUUUAUUCAUCUUUUUGCAUGGGAUUUUAGAGGAUUAAAGAGGAAAAGUUUCUAUACUUACAAGAUAACUGAAAGUUAUUACAUGAGUAUAGAGAUUCAAUUUAAAUGGAACCUAAAAUAGCUUCUUCCUUUCUCCCUCCUCAGACCAUUCUUUUAGAAUGGAAUAUUACUUAGUUAAAAGAUUGGUUUGGGCUAUGAUUGUCUUUAAAUUAUUUGAGGUGUAAGUAUGGUUUUUCGUAAAUUCCUUCCCAAUUUUAUAGGUAAAAUGUGUGUGGGACAUCGUGAGGGAUAAGUUUUUCCGUUUUAUUCUUUCUCGACACUGCACUGGGACUGAGUAGUCUUUCUUUACCUUUAUACUUGGAGAGAAGUCAAAAGACAAAUUUGUUUAGUCCCAGCUCUUAUUUCCUCCCUUAUCCUGUUUUCCCUACUGUCUGGAUUAAUUAGGCAGCCUACUUUUUUAAAGUUUAAAAAAAGUCACACAUCUCUGCUUUGAGAACCUUGUGAUCACUCUUUCCUUCGUACUUUGCCUUGCUUCUCUGUAGGGUUCUACCUUUAGUUUUUUCCCCCUCCUUUAAGAGAAGUUACUGAUAAAAAUGAUAUUUAUAUGUUAUAUAUCUUGAAAGCAUUAUCAUUUUUUUUAUUGAAUAUAUAUUUGGAAAUAUAUAUAUUAGUAAAGAAGACAAGGGGUAGAAUAAUUAUAGUUUUUAAAAACCUGCAUGGAUUCAUUUUAGGUCUGUAUAUAAUUAAAGAUUUUUUUUUUCAAGUUUGGUUAAGGUAUGCAGUGUGUUUUCUAUGUAUUUAAACUUUCUACUUGAUGUUUUAGAAAAGUUCUAUGUUUUUUAAAUGCAGAGGAGUCACUUUUACAUCGGAACUGUCAUUUUUCCUUUUUAAAACGCCUUCUUUUGUUUUUGGUUUCUUGAUACUCAAAGAUGAUAAUUUAGUGGGUUAUGCAGUCUAGAUGUGUGAUCUUUGAAAGGGAGAUUUUAUUUCAAAUCUGUAAUCACCAUUAAUAUUUAAAUUGUCUCAUGAUAUUGUAUGGCUUUUUAAAAUUUUUGUUUGAUAUGAAUGGAAUUUGUUUACUAAAUUAAAUAUCAUUCUUAAGUAUAAAUCUCAUGAAAUGUAAUGGAGCUACACUCAAUUGAAAUGAUUACAUCUUUUUAGAAUGAAAAUUUAUUCUACUUUUGAAGAAAAAAAUUAUGACUAUAAAAAGAUUUUAAUGGUUUAUAUAAAUUACAUUGAUUCUAUUUUAAGUGGUGUAAUUCAGAGAUUUUCAGUAACCUUUAAAAAUGUUUAGCUUAUAA